GGGCCGGAACCUUCAGUUGCCUUGGGUCCUAGGUCCAAGAGUACGGGUUGAAGACCUCCAGGUGGGAGACACCGUCGUAAUGACCAUCUGUCAGUUCUUCCUUCAAGGCCGGUGCCGCUUUGGAGAGCGGUGUUGGAACGAACAUCCUGGUGCCGGGGGUGCGGGCGGGGGACGGCAGCAACAGCCCUCAGGUAGUAACAGACGUGGAUGGAAUUCCACCAGCCAGCGAUACUCCAGUGUUAUCCAGCCGCCCAGUUUCUCCAAAUCCACACCAUGGGGGGGCAGCAGAGAUCAAGAAACACCAUCUUUUCGUUCUUUUGAUUCUGGAGCUUCAACAAGCAGGAAUAGGGGAUUUGGAUUGUCUCAGAACUCAUUUGCGUCUUCAUGUAGCUCUGAUGGGCAGAAAGAUGAACAGAAGCUUUUGGAAGGAAUCAUAAAAGAUAUGGAGAUCUGGGAAUCAUCAGGGCAGUGGAUGUUUUCUGUUUAUUCACCAGUGAAUAAAGAGAAGAAAUCUAAUAUUUCAGGUUUCACAGACAUUUCACCAGAGGAGUUGAGGCUUGAAUACCAUAACUUCUUAACAAGCAAUAACUUACAGAGUUAUCUAAAUUCCAUCCAGCAGUUAAUAAAUCAGUGGAGGAACAGGGUGAAUGAACUGAAAAGUCUAAAUGCAUCAACUCAGACAGCGUUGCUCUCUGAAGUGAAAGAUGGACUAAAUCAAGCAGCACCUGCAUUUGGACUUGCCAGUAAACCAACAGUAGCAUUUGGGUCCCCAGGCUUUCCAGUGAAUAACAGCAACAGUGAUAAUACUCAGAAUUUUAGUUUUAAAAUAACCUCUGGAUUUGCCACUGCUCCAUCUGGAAGCCCUUCUGUGUUCGGGAAUGUUCCAGCCUUUGACGCUGUACCCUCUGCCAGUUCUGCCAUCACUACUUCUACUCCAUCUCUUGGAUUUGGGAAACCGGAAGUCCCAUCUGCUGCUUCAUUUUCAUUUAAAACCCCUGCAGCGUCUGGUUUUGGAUCUCCUGGGGUUUCAGGAUUUCCAACGGGUGCAGCAGGCUCCGGUGCACCUCCUGUGGCCCCGGCCUUUGGAAACAGCAGUUCUGUGGCUGGUUUUGGUAGUCCAGGCCACCACUCUCACACUCUUUUUUCCAAGUCAUCCAGUGAUACCUUUGGAAGUAACAGCAUAUCCACUUCUCUUCCCAUCUCAAACAGCAGCACAACAGGUAAUACAUUAUUCACACCCAAGAAUCAACUAACAGCAGGAGAACUGGAGCAAUUUCAAUCCAUCAAAUUUACUCUGGGAAAAAUCCCAUUGAAGCCACCACCUGUGGAACUUCUAAAUAUUUAAAAGGACAAUUUUAAAUACAGAAAAGAACAACUUGUAAAAUGACUUGUUUUGAGUGGUUCAUAUGAAAGAACAGAUAUACACACACAUGCACAUCUCUGUAUAUAUACAUAUAUAUUUAUAAGGAAUAUAGCUUUCUUUUUUCCACCUCCCCCCCGUUCAAGCUGUUGUUUCUCAGUCCAGUUGUAUAGGACACAGCUCCCUGGCCCGUGCUGGUAUUAUGAGCCUUGCGCUUUUCUUGAACCUCACUAUUUAAGUAAAAUAAUACUCAAGAUAUAUUUUUUUUUACUAGAAUCAUGAAUGGAACUGAAAAACUUAUCAGUGUACUCUGAAUAAAGUACUUUUUUCUUUUUUUAUUCUGUGUCAUUUUGCUAUCUUACCCUUUCAAGUUUUACUUUUAAACUU